AUGAAUAUUAGAAAACUUCGAACACAAAUUACUCCACAAAAUAAUGAUGCUCGAAAUGAACGUUUACGUUCAAAAGAUCGUCAAUUAAUAAUAAUGCUUCUUAUUCAAGUUCUUAUUACAAUUCUUUGUACAUUACCAUUUUCAGUUGUUAAUAUAACAUCAAUGAUUUUUCAAUAUUUAAUAACAUUAUUUGAUUAUGGUGAUGCAAUAAAUACAUUUUAUAGUAAUAUAGGUCGUUUAAUAAAUUAUUUUAAUCCAGUUGUUGGAUUUUAUAUACAUACACAUUAUCAACUUAAGCAUUUCCUUCAAGAAAUACAUGAACAACUUGAAAAAACAAUUCGAAUGAGUUUACAAACAACACUCAAUCAAGUUUAUAAAGAAAAAGAUCUUGAUGCAAAAAAUCGUUUUGCUAAAUAUUCAAAUCAACUAAAUGAUGUUAAAACUCGUUUACAACGUGAAAUUUAUGGCAAUACACAUCCCGGAUCACGGGAAAAUUCCACAUACAAUAUCGUUCAACAAUAA